AUGGCUUCGGAGAUUGUUGUGGGCAUUGACUUUGGAACCACGUAUUCGGGGGUAUCAUGGGCUAUCAAUGGUAUUAGUAAAGUCCACCUCAUUACCGACUGGCCCAACCCUACCGGAGCAAACGCCGAGUCGGAGAAGGUACUAACCAUUAUCUCGUACGCAGACGGAAAACCUCUCAACUGGGGUUACAACGUCGACACCCUUACUGAACAACAUUUCCAAUGGUUCAAGCUACUCCUCAACUCCAAGCAGAAGCUGGGAGCAGACUUUGAAGCGGUCUCAGCGUCUCGCAAUCUCCUCGGAUCUCUCAGCAAGUCGGCUGAAGAAGUAGCCUCCGAUUACUUGCAGCUGCUGUGGCAGUACACAAAGGAUCAUAUCGAGCGCAAUGAAGGAGAAACAUGGGAAAAGAUAUACUCUCUCCGAGUGGUUCUGACUGUGCCAGCAAUUUGGAGCCCAAUUGCAAAGGAAAGAACCUUGAGAGCUGCCAGAACGGCGGGCUUACCAGACAAUAUCCAACUGGUGACAGAACCUGAGGCGGCAGCUCUAGCUGUUUUGAAAGGAAAGAGUCAAGAAAACAAGCUAGAGGUGGGCGCCUCGUUCGUCGAUCUGAUCUCGUAUAAAAUCACCGGUCUUGACCCGUUGAAGAUAGAAGAAUGCGCCAUGGGCGACGGUGGCCAAUGUGGAUCUGUAUUCCUAGACAGAGCCUUCGUCAAAUGGGUCCAGUUAAUUGUAGGCGAACGUGAAUACAAGAAACUCAAGCCCAAGGCCAGGAAGAUGAUGCUUCAACAAUUUGAGGCGGGUGUAAAAAGAUGCUAUGCUGGAGACAACAAGGAAUACUCUGUUGUGCUGCAUGGUGUCGAAGAUAAUGAGUCCGCAGGGAUUGACGACGACACUAUCAAAUUGAAACCGAAAACACUUCAGACACUAUUUGAUCAUAUCAUCAAUAAGAUAAUGGUGCUUGUAGAGAGGCAGAUCGACACAGCACUAGAUGGCGGACAACAUGUAAAGGCUGUUCUCCUAGUCGGCGGUUUCGGAACCAACAAGUACAUCUACAAGCGACUGAAGGACGCACAUCGCGGUGAUGGAAUCGAAAUCCUACAGGUACCUGGCGGGUGGUCUGCUAUCUGUCGGGGGGCAACACUAUGGGGCUUGGAGCACUCAUCGCAUUCCAAUUUCACAUCAAAAACGGUCUCAGCACGCAUCGCGCGAUACAGCUACGGAAAUCGCUGGGACGUUCCAUUCGACGCGUCGAUGGGCCAUCUGGAAAUAGAUCGCCGGAAAAGGCCUCGUGGCUGGUUUGCGACCAACCAAAUGAACUGGCUGAUCAAAAAGGGAGAUCGCCUAGAAGAAGGUCGUAAGAUCAUGUUAUCAAAUUCCUUCAGCAUUCAAAUCGGCUUCUUGAGCACAGGCCUACACAACUUCUCUCAGGAACUAUGGUACUGCGCUGAUGACGAGCCGCCUUCGCGAUUCGUUGAAUCUUGCGUCAAGGAACUCUGCGCGGUCGAGUACGGCGUCGAGUGCUCCAAAUUAUAUCUGGAAACCUCAUGGAGGGACGCGGACACGAAACAAAAGUACAGAUCCGCAUUGUUCGAUCUCACAAUCACGCUAGACAGCGCCACGUUGCAUUUCAUGGUCGCGUAUAAGGAUAAGCAGGUGGCGUAUACAGAGGCGAAGUACAAGGAGGACUAG